AGAACCCACACUGGAGAGAAACCUUAUGAAUGUAAACUAUGUGGAAAGAUUUUUACAUGGAAGGACAGUCUUAUUCAACAUCAGAGAAUCCACACUGGAGAGAAACCUUAUGAAUGUAAACUAUGUGGAAAGAUUUUUACACGGAAGGACACUCUUGUUCAACACCAGAGAAUCCACACUGGAGAGAAACCUUAUGAAUGUAAUCAAUGUGGAAAGACUUUUACAUGCAAGAGCACUCUUGUUCAACAUCAGAGAAUCCACACUGGAGAAAAACCUCAUAAAUGCAAUCAAUGUGGAAAGACUUUCAGACGUAGGAAGAGUAUUCGUUUACAUCAAAGAAUCCACACUGGAGAUAAACUGUAUGAAUGUAAUCAAUGUGGAAAGAGUUUUACACGCAAGGUCACUCUUGUUCAACAUCAGAGAAUCCACAAUGGAGAGAAACCGUAUAAGUGUAAUCAGUGUGGAAAAGCUUUUAGGGAAAGCAGAGGACUCAUUGAACAUCAGAGAACCCACACUGGAGAGAAACCUUAUGAAUGUAAUCAAUGCGGAAAGGCUUUUAAUUGGUCUGCCAAUCUUACUGUGCAUCAGAGAAUCCACACUGGAGAGAAACCUUAUGAAUGUAAACUGUGUGGUAAGAUUUUUACAUGGAAGGACAGUCUUGUUCAACAUCAGAGAAUCCACACUGGAGAGAAACCUUAUGAAUGCAAUCAAUGUGGAAAGACCUUCAGAUGUAGGACGAGUAUUCGUUUACAUCAGAGAAUCCACACAGGAGAGAAACCUUUUGAAUGUAAUCAGUGUGGAAAGGCUUUUACAUGGAAGGAUGGUCUUGUUAAACAUCAGAGAAUCCACACUGGAGAGAAACCUUAUGAAUGCAAUCAGUGUGGAAAGACUUUCAGAUGUAGGAAGAGUAUUCGUUUACAUCAGAGAAUCCACACUGCAGAUAAUCAGUAUGAAUGUAAUCAAUGUGGAAAGACUUUUACACGCAAGGUCACUCUUGUUCAACAUCAGAGAAUCCACAAUGGAGAGAAACCUUAUAAGUGUAAUCAGUGUGGAACGGCUUUUAGGGAAAGCAGAGGACUCAUUGAACAUCAGAGAACCCACACUGGAGAGAAACCUUAUGAAUGUAAUCAAUGCGGAAAGUCUUUUAAUUGGUCUACCAAUCUUACUGCACAUCAG